AGGAGGGACUGGCAUCUCAGGAGCUGGACACGUGUCCUCUGCUGGGGCUGGAGGAAGCCGCUGUCCUUGAGGAGGAAACCGCACAAUAACAAGUCACAUGACCAGGGGAGGGGGCUUCCUGUUUCCCGGCCCCUCCCAGGCCAGCCUUGGCUAGCCUAGGCCUGAGCGGGCAGUGGCCAGAGUGACCCCAAGAGUGUGCAGGGCCUCAAGCCUCUGACUAAGGUUCUCCCAGAGGAACAGAGCAGUAGAAGUAGAGCGGGCUGAGGGGACCAGCCUCAGGACUGGGGCCUCUGGUUCAGAAGCACCCUGGGGAGGAGAGGGGAUUCUCGAAGUCCUCGUCCUAGGGAAGGGAGCACAGAAGUAGGGAAAGACAAAGGAGACGGAGGAGAAGGGGGAGGUGUGGGCAACCUUGGUAGAUAGUGAGCUGCCUGUCAAGGGAGGCAUUCAAAUGUGCCAAGUCAACAUAACUCAAGAUCCCUUCCAGAGGGGAAAAUGAAUGCCUGUUUCAGAGAAGACGACAUUGAGGCUGUCAUUUGCUCAGGAAACCAAAAGCCAGAGCUGAGAUCAGUCUGUGGUUUUAGAGGGUGAGGGAGGAGGAGGAUUCAGAGGAGACUGAUUUCUGGACAGCAAUGAGUGCCCGGGCCACACGACCCCGAAGCCGACGAGGGAGGCACGCUCCACCUGGUGAGCUGGACCCUGUGGCAGAAAGUUCAGAGGAGGCUGAGGCGGCCAGUGGGAGUUCUGAGCUGGGCCCUGCGCACUCUCAGGAGAGCUGCAAGCUGGAGCCGCUGGGCCCUGAGGUGGAGGCCAGAGGGCAGGGCAUGGGGAGCAGGACCAACAAAGAAGCUAAUGGGGCCUCUAGCAGGGGGCUGGCUCCAGCACCCGAGGGACCCCAUGAUCCUGCAGAGGAAGCCCACCAUGCCCCAGAGGCAGCCCCAUGGGAUGGGGAGACUGUCCCCCCCAGGCCUGGAGCCCCCGAUGUAUUUCAGACCCUACAGCAUGCUCUGAGCUCACUGGAGGCAGCCGCUGCGGCCUGGCGCCGCAGGCCCCCGAGCUGUGCCGGGCCAGUGGAGGAGGAGGGCAGAAGCGAGGGGAGAACAAGGCCCUGCUUGGAGCAGGAGGGGGCAGGGGGCUGCCAGCGGGAGGCGGCCCGCCUGUGGGAGAGGAAUGCCUGGCUGCGUUUGGCCCUGGGCAGCCGUGAAGAUGAGCUGAUCCGUACGCAGGCCUCCCUACAGGCCAUCCAGGCUGAGAAGGACACGCUGCAGAGAGAGGUCCAGGAGCUGCAGGAUUCCCUGCUGAGGCUGGAGCCCUUCCCACCUCCCUCCCGUGGCCAAGCGGGGGGCUUGGGCAGUGGUUCCAGCAGCUCUGGGGCAGAUGAGGAGCCCUGGGGGACUCAUGACCCCUUCUCCCUGGCUCACCCCCUGCUCCGGCGCCUCCAGAGUGAUUCCAGCACCCAGAUGCUUGGGCCUCUCCCCACCCAGCCCCUCGCCCCUGAGAUGCACAUCAUGGAAGCCCAGAUGGAGCAGCUCCGGGGGAGCAUCGAGAAGCUCAAAUGCUUCAACCGUCUGCUGUCUGCUGUGCUCCAGGAGUACAAGGGCCGGUGUGAGGGCCUCAGCAUGCAGCUGGGCCAGCGGGAGGCCGAGGCCACUGCACUGCGCCUGGCCUUGCAGUACAGUGAGCACUGUGAGGAGGCAUAUGGGGCCCUGCUCACUCUGGGGGGAGCGGGCUCAAGAGCAGCAGAGGAAGCCCUCACGAGUGACCUGGAGGUGGUGGAGAAGGAAGCUCAGAGGCUGCUGGCACAAGAGGAGGCUCCCGUGGAUGGAGGGACCCUGAGGGAUCCACAACCAAGCCCCGAUGGCAGCAGUGUGGAUAGGCCCACACCACAGGAGGUGGCUACCCAGCUCCGGGGCUAUGUCCAGCGUCUCCAGGAGCGCCGUGCUCUGGUGAAGAUUCCCCCAGAGCCUGGCCCCACCUUGGCACCCAUGCCCACUGUGCCCCAUGCAGAAGCCAUGGUGCAGGCCAUUCUGGGGACCCAGCCUGGCCCAGCUCUGCCCCGGCUGGAGAAGAUGCAGAUCCAGCAAGACUUGGCAGCCACACGGGAGGCCCUGGCGGACCUAAUGCUGCGGCUACAGCUAGUUCGGCGGGAGAAGCGGGGUCUGGAGCUGCGGGAGGCUGCCCUCCGAGCCCAGGGCCCGGCCCACGUGCUCCUGCUGGAGCAGCUGCAGUGGGAGCAGGCACAGCUCCGGACUGGGGGUGCCGACAGCAGCGGUGGAGACAGCAGUGGCGGGUGGAGCAGCGGAGACGACGAGCGCUCUCAGGGCCCUCCUGCUGUCCCUGGUGGCAGCAGGGACAUCAAUGGCGGCCAGGUGGGCAAAAUGCAGGCCUCAGAGGAGCUGGCCCAGGAACUGGCGGCGUCACUCACCCGGGCCCUGGGCCUGAAGGAGCAGCUGCAGUCUCUGUGGGAGGAGCUGGAACAGAUGGCUCAGAAGGGGCGAGCUAGACGUGCUCAGAGUGCUGAGCUGAACAGUGAUUUAUGCAAGGCUCACAGCGCCCUGGUCCUGGCCUUCCUCGAUGCCCACCGGAAGCAGGGGCAGCGGCAACGGCAGCUGGAGCAGCAGGUGGCGCUGAUGGAGGCCCGACAGGCGGAGGAGCUGGCGCUGCUGGAGGCCACAGCGAGGGCCUCGGGGAAGCCCCGGCCGGGGGAGACCUUUCUGUAG